AUGGCAAGGACGAGGGGUGGAGCAGCAAAACAGACAGAAGACACACUUGAUAGUGCCAUUCUUAGAGCAUUGGAAGCGUUUGGGAUAGAUUAUAAUGCUGUCAAAGAGCGCAUCGAAACUCAGGUUCAAGAAGAAUAUGCAGAAGCUUGCGAUGAAGUGCUUCAGGUUCGGAUGGAGCUCAAGAAGAAGUUGGAAGCUUGUUUUGAAGGACAUGCUGUAUGUUUUAUCUUCUUUUUUAUAUUUAGGUAUUGAAAGGUAAAUUAGUGGUAUAGUGGACACAAUGACAAUUUUACGAAUAAUAUUUUAUCUAUGAUCUUUUAAUUUGCAUUUUUUAGAUUCCGUCUACACCAAAGAAGAACUACAGACCACCGGCGGCGUUUUUGGCUCACCGAAAACCUCAACUAUUAGAUUUUGAUGGCGAAGAAAAUGCCACUACUUCAACAGAGAACGAAGCACGAGUGAGUGAAGACCUGGAUAUUGUAGUAGCUUCUAAAAAUGAACAUAAAACAAAGGUAACGGAGACUGAGAUGGUUAUAGAUGAUAAUGUGUAAGUUAAAAGGUUUUUGUUGACUUUUUAGAUUUUUUAGGUAUUUUUUUGUUUAAGGUCAGAUUAUGGAUAUGUUUUAGGCAACACAUUCAUACUGAAGUGCAUGUCAGAGAAGUUCAAGAAGUCAUUGAAGCUUCUCCUGUAGCCAGAACACCUAAAAGACCGCCACAACCAACUCCACGGACGUUGAAGACACCAAUUCAUUUGGUCGAUGUUAUACCUGCUUCGCCGUCGCCUUGUAUCACUAGAGUAUGUCUUUUGAAUACUUAAAAGAAGUAUAAAUGGAAUUAGUUGGCUUUAAGUUUACUUAAGGGUUUAAAACGUUUUUUCUUUUUUUGAAAUAAAAGUUUAUUUCUUAUUUUUAGCCAGUCACUAGAGCAGCUGUAGCUCCCAAGCCGAAGUCGACUAAGGCCAUUACAGAGGAGGUAAAUUCAUUUGAAAUUGUUGAGAUUUUAAAAGUACUACGUUUUUUUAAAUAUUAUCUUUAAUUUAAGCGCCAAUAUGUUACGUUUUAAAGGUGUAUUUUUAAAACAAUUCUAGUUGCAACGAAAGAACGAGUUGGCUGCGCAAAGAAAAGCAGAGAUCCAGAAGGAGAAGGCUGAAAGGAAGAAGUAUCAGAAUGAAGAAAGAAAGCGAAGAGUUGAGGAAAACAAGAGGAAGAAGCAGUUGGAGGAGGCUCAGAAGAAGGAAGAGCAUCGGAAGAAGCAUGAAGCCAUCAAAAGGUAUCAAGAAGAACAACGAAUGGCUACUCCAGGCACUCCCAGAACUCCAGGUCACACAACUACACUACCUAGAACACCUGGUCAGACUGUUAAUGCUCCGAGAACACCAGGUCAGAAAGCUGUACCUCCGAAGAGACCAAGACCAAAACCGGUGACAAUCGAAGAGACUUCUGAAUCUCAAUCUGUUCAUGCUACUGAACAUGUAAAUAUUGCUCAGCCAGUGCAAGCGGCGGCUCCAGAAGUUAAGGCAAGUCCAGCUGUUGUGCGAGAAGCUGAAGAACAGACGCAGAGGUUGGUCAUCGAGGAGACGUGAGUUAAUGUUUAUGAACUUUUGUAGUUAUUUAUUUAACUGAAAGUUUUAAAGUUGUAUAGUUUAAUUGGUUUUUAGGUAUACUAGCUUCUUGGAUAAGGAAAACGAAGUUAUGGAUAUUACGGUAACUCCUCAAACAAAAAGACUUAACCACAGGUAAAUAGUGUUUGUUUAUUUAUUAGGGAUUGAUAUUUGUAUGCUUUUUAUUCUUUUACGAUGAUUUUAACUUUUUUUAUUCUGUAUUUAAAAAUGACAUUUUAGUGCUUACGAAAUGACUCCAGAGAAGGUACCCUUGCCAAGUACAGAGAACGACUACAACGUGGCUGAUCUGUCGUCUAACGAUGAGACCGACAACGAGGAUGAGCCAAGGAAAAAGGUACCAAACUGGGCACAGAAGGACCAGUUGAGGAUUCACAUCGCGUCUCUGAAGCAGCGAAAGACCUUCGAACAGAUCAACGCUCACUUUGGCGUCGUGAAGCCACCUCGAGUGUCGGACAUCUUCCAAGGGCCUAGCAAGAAAACCUACAAGAAGUUGGAUGAGACCACGUUGUGGGAAUCUCCUAUUCAGAAUCCUCGAGCUGCUCCACUUCAGAAUAUCAGAAGUCUCAACUAA